GCGCAUGGCAUGUGGGUGCAUGUGGAUGCAGCUUACGCAGGCAUGGCAUGUAUGUGUGCUGAGAUGCGGCACCACCUGGCAGGCGUGCACCUGGCCGACUCACUAGCGUCCAACGCACACAAGUGGCUGCUCACCAGCUUCGACUGCUGCUGCAUGUGGACGCAGGAAUCAGAGAAUCACCACGUGGUAGACUACAAGGACUGGGAGAUCCCCAUUGGCCGCCGCUUCAGGUCGCUGAAGCUGUGGAUGGUGCUGUGCACAUACAGGGCGGAGGGGAUCCGGGCGUACAUCAGGCGCCACGUGGCGCUUGCUGAGUUGUUCGAGAAGGCCGUGCUGCAGGAUGAUCGGUUCCAAGUGAGCUGCACUGCUCAAUGCAUCACCUGUGCUACCCUCUCACACACCCACUCACACCCUCUCAUGUACCCUCUCACGUACCCUCUUGUCAAACUGUUAUAA